AUGCCGUUGGUGAAGAGGAACAUCGAGCCCCGGCAUUUGUGCCGUGGAGCGCUGCCAGACGGGGUGACCAGUGAGCUGGAGUGUGUCACCAACAGCACAUUAGCAGCCAUCAUCAAGCAGCUGGGCAGUCUGAGUCGCCAUGCAGAGGACAUUUUCGGAGAACUGUUCAACGAAGCCAACAGCUUCUACCUGCGGAUGAGCAGCCUGCAGGAGAGGGUGGACCAGCUGGCCGUGAAAGUCACCCAGCUCGACUCCACCGUGGAGGAAGUCUCCCUGCAGGACAUCAACAUGAGGAAGGCCUUCAAGAGCAGCACCAUUCAGGACCAACAGGUGGUGUCCAGGACCUCGGUGCCCAACCCGGUGGUGGAGAUGUACCACCGCUGCGACAAGCCUCCGCCGCUCAACAUCCUCAGCCCCUACAGGGAUGACAAGAAGGACGCGCUGAAGUUCUACACUGACCCGUCUUACUUCUUCAACCUGUGGAAGGAGAAGAUGCUGCAGGCCACCGAGGACAAGCGCAAAGAGAAGAGGCGACAGAAGGGCUGUCCGGCCCACCCUGACAGGCCCCACUCCAGACAGGCCCCACCCAGGAGCCCCCUGUCCAUCUCUGAGCAGCAGAGGCAGGUUGAGGAUCCGGGCAGAGAGGUGAAGAAGGUGCGUAAAGCUCGAAACCGGCGUCAGGAGUGGAACGUCCUGGCCUACGACAAGGAGUUCAGACCAGACGCCAGACUCACCCCGUCUCCCUACCACGGCAUGUCCUCCGAGGGCUCCCUGUCCCCCGACAGCAGAUCAAUGGCGUCCGACUCCUACCCAGCCAGCCCCAACCACCCCUCCACCCAGGCCCCCAGCGCCGCCCACCCCCCCGACCACCACGCCAGGGACCACCUCAGCGCCGCGGCCCAGACCCAGUCGCUGGAUCGGGGCCUGAGGCCGGUCAACCAGCCUCCUGCAGGGGCGGCGGCAGCAGGGCGGCACGCGGCCUCCCUGGGCAGGACCCCGUCAGGACACGGGGCCCAGCCCGGAGGAGAUCCGACAGUCAACGGGCCGAGGCAGCAGUCGGUCAAGGACUACCGGGCCGGCGGUCAGCCCUCCACCAUCCCAGAGUACUACAUCCCCCCGGCGCCUCCCCCGCCUCCCCCCACCAUCCCCUCUGCCCAGACCGCCUUCGACUCCACCACGGCUCCGCCCUCCGCCGCCGCCUCCGCUGUCCCCCCGACCUCCUCCGCCCUCUCCCGUCCCUACUCCCCCUCCCCUCCUCCUCCCCCGGCCAACUACGUGCCCUCCCCUUCCCACCCACCCUCAGGCGCUCCCCCGGCCGCCCCUCCGCCUCCUCCUCCCGGAGCCCCCGCGGGACACCCGGCUCACCCUUCCCCGCCGCACGCCGCCGUCGGUCAGGCGGCUGUGGACGCGGCGCCCUCCACCAGGAAGUCCACCAUGCUGGGGAUGAUCCCGAUGAGCGACGCCCGCUCCGACCUGCUGGCCGCCAUACGUAGAGGUAUCCAGCUGAGGAAGGUGCAGGAGCAGAGGGAGCAGGAGGCCAAGCGGGAACCCGUUGGCAACGACGUGGCCACCAUCCUGUCGCGCCGUAUCGCCGUGGAGUACAGCGAGUCCGACGACGACUCGGAGCUCGAUGAGAACGAGUGGUCCGACUAA